AUGGGCCGAAAGCGCAAAUCUAUUUCUGAAGAUGAGCGUCGUAUACAAGUUAAUCAGCGCCGACGAGAAAGAUAUGCUAAGAAAGCAGCUGAGAGACAACAAAAAACACAACAGAGUACUGAAUAUGAAAACAGAUUCAGUCACGGUUCUCAUGCUAUGUCUUUUUCUCCAAUAGAUGAUACACUUGUUGAUGCUUCUAUCCAUAAUGAUGUAUCACUUUCAGCUCUAUUGAAAGCUGGGUGUACAUGUUUUCAAAUGCCUGUUGUUAGUUCUUCUGAUCAGUCAGCCAUGCAUUUCAGCUCGACAAAUGACACUGUUGACGAAAUUUUUGCAACAAGUGAUUGUCUGCUUUCUCAAAACAUCCUUCCUUGGACAACUUUUCAAACAGAUAUCUUUGAUGAUUCCUCAGCUGUAGAUUUAGUUAGAAGUGCCUAUAUUCCAUAUUGUAUAGGUCCACGUCGUAGAAGAAAAAACAUAUCAUUGUUGCAACAAAUACCAGUUCACCCAAGUGUUUUACCAGACGUUCCAGACUGUAUCUUUUGUCAUGCUAAGCGAUUCUACAUGGAGCCACCAAAAUUUUGUUGUUCAGCAGGUGAAAUUCACUUAGCAGAAACUCAAAUGCCAGAAAAAUUAGUUCAACUUUACAAGGCAAAUACCCCUGAAGCUAGAGAAUUUCAAUUGUGCAUCAGGAGCUAUAAUAACAUGUUUGCUUUUACAUCCCUUGGCGUUCAUUAUGAUAAAAAUUUUAGCAGAAGGAAUAAUGGUAUAUAUACGUUCAGAGUACAGGGCCAGAUUUACCAUUUUAUUAAUCCAUUGGUUCCUUCUGAGGGUGAAAGAGCAACAAACUUGCAACUAUAUUUUUAUGACACGCAACAUGAAAUAGCCAAUCGUAUGGCAAUUUCUAGCAAGUUCAGGGAAUCCAUUAUCCAUCAACUCAAGGAUAUUCUUCAUGAUAAUCCUUAUUCCACUUUCAUCAGAAGUUUGGUGGACCUUCAUGAUCUUGAAGAUCAUAAAAUUUUCUUGAAAUCAGAUCCAGGUUUAGAUCAAAGAGUCUACAACCUUCCUGCAGUGUCUCAGGUAGCAGCAAUGUGGAAUGAAAAUGAUUAUAACACUGGUGAUGGCACUCGGAAUAUCCAGAUUUUCACAAAAACAGGAAGCAAGCGCAUAUUAAAGCAAUAUUACGGCUGCUAUGAUACACUUCAGUAUCCACUUAUAUUUGCAAAGGGUGAGACUGGAUGGCACAAGGAUAUACUGCGGAUACCAAGAUCAGAUGUUCUUAACCAGUUAGGUUCAACAUGCCAGAACCAAAAUAUCCUCUCAAUCCAAAAUUGCUCACACAUUGAUGAAGUCAUAUCUGCCGAAGAAAAAGUCUCCAAGAAAAAGAAAAUCAAGAGACCAACAGUAUCUUGUCGUGAAUAUUAUGCAUAUAAGUUUCAGGUCAGAGAUGGUGAUCAGUCAAAUUUACUACACAUAGGAAGACUACUGCAGCAAUAUUCAGUAGAAACCUAUAUUAAAUUGGAGACAUCACGGUUGGAAUUCCACAGACACAGGCAGCAACACUUAAGAACUGAGGUUUAUCAAGGAUUAAUGGAUAGUGUAACAAGUGGUGAGACUUCAGGAUCAAGAAUUGGUAAACGGAUUAUUCUUCCAGCAAGUUUUAUAGGAGGUCCCAGAGACAUGCGUCGAAGAUAUAUGGAUGCCAUGUCACUUGUUCAACGAUAUGGAAAACCUGACAUCUUUCUCACAAUGACAUGUAAUCCAUCCUGGCCAGAGAUAAAACUACAUUUAUCAGAUGAAGAUGAAAUUCAAAAUAGACCAGAUUUGAUUUCUCGGGUAUUCCGAGCAAAAAUUGAGCAGUUAAAAGAUGAUUUGUUCAAAAGAAAUCUCUUCGGUGAAGUUGCAGCUUAUACUUAUGUCAUUGAAUUUCAGAAGCGAGGAUUGCCACAUGCUCAUUUCCUGAUUAUCCUCAAACAAGGAUCAAAAAUGUUUUCUCCUGAGGCAUAUGAUAGAAUUGUUUCUGCAGAGUUACCAGAUCCAAAAGAGUCACCGUAUUUAUAUUCAUUGGUGAUAAAGCACAUGCUUCAUGGACCAUGUGGCACAUUGAAUCCAAACAACCCCUGUAUGCGUCAAAAUGGAAAGUGCAGAAAUAACUAUCCAAAAGAAUUCUCUGCAUACACUAAACAUGCAAGAAAUUCCUAUCCUGUUUAUAGAAGGCGAAAUGAUGGAAAAAAUGUUAUUAUCAGGGAACAUUUGCUUGAUAACCGAUGGGUUGUACCAUAUAAUGCAUAUCUACUUGCAAAAUUUGAUUGUCAUAUCAAUGUCGAGAUAUGCUCUGCUAUUGAAGCAGUCAAAUAUAUUUACAAGUAUAUCUACAAGGGACACGACAAAGUUAUGUAUCAGAUCACAACUCAUCAGACAGAAAAUAUCAUUGAUGAGAUUCAUAACUUUCAAUCUGCUAGAUGGAUUUGUGCUCCUGAAGCUAUGUGGAGGAUAUUUGCAUUUGAUUUAACCAACAUUCAUCCAUCAGUGAUGACAAUGCACUUACAUCUGGAAAAUUAUCAGCCUAUAUCAUUCACUCAAGAUCAGAUAUUGCAAGAUGUUCUUCGUAAUGAAAGAAAUUUAAGGACAAUGUUGACAGAAUUCUUGUCUAUGAAUCGAACAAAUAAAAGAGCACAGGAUCUCAAUUGUCUCUAUAGAGAAUUUCCUCGGUACUUUACUUGGGAUGAAGGUGACAGGAUAUGGAUUGAUAGGAAACGUGGAGAGGUCAUCGGUCGUAUUAACACAGCACACCCUGUUGAGGGAGAAAGAUAUUACCUCAGAAUGUUACUUAUGCAUACGGACAGUGGUUUUGAUGAAUGUUUAUCUGAGGCACUUGUAUACAAGAUGCCAUGUUCCCUUAGACAACUUUUUGCUGUGUUACUUGUGCACUGUACACCAACAAAUCCAAGAGAUGCUUGGUUGAAAUUCGAAAAUCAUUUGUCAGAAGACAUUAGACAAAACUUAGCAUUAUCGCAGCAACAAGUACAAAUUCAAGUUCUUAACUUGAUUGAUCAACAUCUUCAGAUCAUGGGAAAAGAUAUAACUGAUUACAAUCUCACAGAUAUUCCUUAUCAGAUGUUGUGUGCAGAUAAGUCUGUCAAAGAAAUUGAAGUUGAGUAUCAGAUACCUAUUUCUGAUGAAGAUUUAGCUGCAGUAUCAAUGUUAAACAGUGCACAAAAGUCUGCAUUCGACAAAAUAAUGCAAAAAAUCAAUGAAAAUGCUCCUGCUGCCUUUUUCAUUGAUGGUCCUGGUGGAACUGGUAAAUCUUUUUUAUACAAAGCAUUGCUUGCAACUGUGAGAUCAAGAGGUUAUAUUGCACUUGCAACAGCAACAUCUGGUGCUGCAGCAUCAUUAUUGCCGGGAGGACGCACGGCACACUCUCGCUUCAAGAUUCCACUCCACCAAGACAUCAAGCAAACAUGUAACAUUUCAAAACAAAGUAGCAUCAGUAAGCUUCUGAAACUUGCAAAGUUGAUUAUAUGGGAUGAAGCAACGAUGGCUAAAAAAUAUGCAAUUGAAUCAUUUGAUGCAAUGCUUCGUGAUAUUCUAGAUUGUGAUACUAUAUUCGGUGGCAAAAUCAUUGUCUUUGGUGGAGAUUUUCGACAAACUCUCCCUGUUGUUCGAAGAGGUCAGAAAGACGAUUAUAUAUCUGCAUCACUUGUCAACUCUUACAUCUGGCCUCAUUUACAAAAAAUGCAUCUGACUGAAAAUAUGAGAGCUAGAUUGGAUCCUCAAUUUUCUGAUCUUUUGCUCAGAAUUGGAAAUGGGACAGAACCAACAUUUGGAGACAGCAAAAUUCAACUGCCACUAUCUAUCCUAAUUCCUUUCAUGAAUGAUGCUGUUUCCCUUGAUCAGUUAAUAAGUGCUGUUUAUCCAUCACUCACUGAUUUUAUUCACAAUAGCUCAAACGUCACCAAUAGAGCCAUUCUUACUACAACAAAUGACUUUGUCCAUGAUGUAAAUAACCUUUUGAUUCAAAGAUUUCCUGGUCAAGAAACAAGAUACAUGAGUUUUGAUCAAACACUUGAUCCUUCAAAGCAAGCUGAUCAUGGAGAUUUUCUGAACACUAUCCAGCCACCAGGAUUGCCGCCUCAUGAGUUAAUCCUGAAACCUUGUUGUCCUAUAAUUCUUCUUAGAAAUUUGAAUCCCGCCCAAGGUUUGUGUAAUGGUACACGUUUAAUUUGUUUAAAUUUUGCUCGCAAUCUUAUUCAUGCACAGAUUACUUCAGGAAAUCACAGUGGAAAACAAGUUUUCAUUCCUCGAAUUCCACUGCAUAGCUCAAAUGAUGAAUCUUAUCCAAUACCAUUCAAGCGAACUCAAUUUCCUGUUUCAUUAUGUUUUGCAAUGACUAUUAACAAAUCACAGGGGCAGACACUUGACUUUGUUGGAAUAUAUUUAAAAGAACCAGUCUUUUCACAUGGCCAAUUGUAUGUUGCAAUGUCAAGGGCAAGAACUGCAGAAAAACUAAAGAUACUUCUAAGACCAGUUGUGCUUGAAUACAUGGCAGAUAGUAGUACACGAAACAUUGUUUAUGAAGAAAUACUUGCAGCUGCAACUGCUACUUAA